CAGCAAAUCCUUAGAUGCCUCUCUAAGUUAUCUAAGGUAUGUAAGAACUAUCACCUGGACCCUUCGCUGGUUAUCGUUGUCAAAGAGCCGCCCAGUACUUGAAAGUGAGUGCAUCUCUGGCGAUACCCAAAGCCCAGGUCAGGUAUCAUCACUGUUGUUCACGAAUCCCCGAACUUCGGGCUGCGGACCUUCUUGCAGUCCCCGCCCGACUACGACGUCCACUUUACUAUAGUUCCUUUACUUUACUUUACUUUACUUUCCUUUACUUUACCUUACUUUACCUUACUCCGUCUGAAAAGUGAGGCUGUUGAUCACCGUCAUCGUUGCUUUACUCAGUGUGCCCCGCUGUGUGACAUUGGCCCGCUCUAUCGUCAUUCUCAUUCCUUGGCAUUCAACCCCUCGCCCUCGAACCAGCAUGACAUGAAACACUUGGCACAUACCAACAACCCCACCAUCUCAAAACUUCCUCAAGAGAGCUUUGAGCUUCACCACAAUCCAUCGAAACACAACAACAAGAAAACAAACCCACAAACAUGCCAUCCUACAGUUCUACAACGCUGUUGCUAACAGUAGCUAUCGUGCUCCUCUUUGCACGACCAGCUCACGCCUUUGGAGCUGGAAAUAUCGCUUCAGUUGCGAAAAUAGAGGGGUUAAAUUGGCGCCAUGGAGAUAUCGAGGAUACACUUCUGACCUUGCUCAUGUCACGGGCGGCCGGUGGAAAGAAGUUCGACAAGAUGUCGGUGGCUAGAGUCUAUUUUGGAAACUGGCUGAGAGAUUACUGCAAGUUAGCUUACGCGGCGACGAAGGAGCUGUACUGACCUCCUCCUCUACAGCACAAGCUAUCGAUGUUGGAACUGUCAAAUACGUCUCUGCGGAAGCCAUCCGCAUCCUAUUGUGGGUUCUUGGAUUCAUGACAUUUGGAUUCGGUACCAAAGAAUUCGAAGUUACCACAGAACGUCUUGGUUGCUAUCGUCCCGAAGACCAUAUCGACAAUCCAAAGGACUAUGCCGAUAAUAUUGAUGCUACACAGUAUGACCGCAGACUUCGCGGCCCGGUUGAUGAGCGGGUGGAGUUGGCUAUUGAUCCAUAUACAGGCCUCAAGAACUACAUUGCGAAUGAGCGUGCUGGUUGUAUGACAUCUGCUCUGCAUGUUCGCAAGCUCUUCGGUCGCUGCAUUCAACUCGGCAGAUCUUACAACAGAAGCAGAAAUAAGGAUGAACUCUACGAGUCUCUUCGUUUGUUGGGAACUGCUCUCCAUUGCUUGGAAGAUUACUCUGCACACAGUAACUACACCGAAUUAGCUCUCAUCGAGAUGGGCGAGCGCGAUGUCUUCCCUCACGUCGGUCGCCGGACGAAGAUCCGUCUUCAAGGUGCACGAAGCGAGGUGUACCCAAUCGUUACCGGUACAUUUGGCGGCGUGGAUUUCCUCCAUUCUGUUUUGGGCGAAAUGGGAGAUAAGGCUACCCAGAGUGAGAUCCAGGAGCUUGAGGGUACUAUUCAACAGCAAGCUGGUGGGGAUACUAGCCUGCUUCAAGAUCUUCUUGACAAAAUUCCAAAGGGCAUCUUUGGCGACAAGGAUGAGGCUGGGAAGGCCGAGGAGCUCAAGAUGAAUGCAACUAAUGCUCAGAUGAACCAAACUCGAGUUUCCCCCCGGGAUCCAGAGGAAUUUACCAUUCAAAUGCAAGAGAUUGCAAAGGAAAUUAAGCCCGUGAUGGCAUGGCAUGAUGAGGUUAUGCUUUCCAUUACCGAAGCCAUCGAGAAGAUUCCAAUGCUUCCAGAGCUUAUUGAGCAACUCGAGGGUCAAGUCAACAUGUUUGUUUUCUCCUUGAUCGCCCCAUUCGUUCUGCCUAUUAUCAGCCAGAUCAAGAAUGAGUUGAACACUGGUUCUUCCGAGAUCAUUCAAAGCAGUAAAGACAAGCAAUUAAUCGUCUUUCACGAUGAUGAGUGCUCUGACCCUACUCAUUCAAUGCUUUCAAAAGAUCAUUUCUCCAAUGUCCUAAACGAGCCAGCUGGAAAGAUUGCCUCUCAAGUCCUGAAAUGGGUCGUACCACAGAUCAUCGAGUGCAUGGAUGAUGAGCGAGCAGAUGUCGAUCGAACCAUCAACCGUAUCAUCGCUGGAGUGUUCCAUCACCCGGCUCAACGCAAUGUAGGCGAAGAUGGAGCUUCAGACGGCCGCCGCCUCAUGUUUCAAGUUGUCGAGCAAUGGUGGCAAUCACAAGGACGUAAUCAAGACAAGCUUCGUGACCAACUCAACCGAAACGGUGUAAUGAAUGGAGAGAACCACAAGCCAGGAGUUCAGGAUUCUGGUCACGGAUGUUGCAAGCCUCUCGGUAUGGCUAAGUCUUCUGGUGGUGCAUCUGGUACCGCUGCGGGUGGAUUGAUGGGUGGGAUUCAGUCUGCUCUUGGUGGCAAAUCUUCUGGAGGCUAUGGUGGCUCGUCUGGUGGAUUUGGAGGAUCUGGCGGCUAUGGUGGCGGUCAAAACCAGGUCGUCAAUGAGGGAAUUAGCAACUUUGCUAGUGAAGCAGCUGGAGGUGGAGCUCUCGGUGGCAUCGUUGGUGCUCUUGCUGGUGGUCUAGGAGGAUCCCUUCUCAGCGGAGCAUUCGGUGGAUCUGAUGAGCCAGAAACCAAGCAGUACAAGCAGCAGGGCUACAAUUCUUCAGGCGACUAUCAAACGACCACUACGGAGUACGGACAUAGUGGCAACCAAUACGCACAGGCCGAAUACACUCAGACAAACCGACAUGAUGGAGGUCGUCAGACCGAAUAUCAACGCUACCAGCAGAAUGAACAGGGCGGAAGUCGCUUUGAGCAACGUCGAGAGGAACGUCCUCAUGGCGAAAGUUACGAGCACUCCGAACGACAAGAGUAUGGCCGCGGAGGAGGCGGAUACCAAGAACCCCCGAGACAGCAAUACGGCCAGCCAGCCCGACAAGGUUAUGGAGGCUACCAGGAGCCUCCUAGACAGGAAUAUGGCGUCCCUGGUGGAUUCCCAGGUGGUGGUUAUGAAGAGCCAGCACGCCAGCAAUACGGCCAACCUCAACGUGAAGAAUAUGGCGGUGCCCGAGGUCACGGCAACGAAGCAGGAUGGGGCCAACCUGAGCGUCGUAAUUCCCGAGGAAGUCGCAACAGCAGUAAGGAGCGGAAGCGAGGUGGAUAUCGCAACAAGAGCCCUGAUAGUGACGAUGAGAAGAAGCAGCGUAGACGCAACAAGAGUCCGGACAGCGGCGAUGAGCGGAAGCAGUAUGGAGGCCAAUACAGACGCAACAAGAGCCCAGAUAGUGAUGAGGAGAAAAAGCAGCGGAGACGUCACAAAUCUCGGGAUAGAAGCGGCAGCAGGGAGCGGAGAGGGAGCAAUGAGUAUGGUGGAGGACGGAGAGGAAGUAACGAGUAUGAGAGACGUUGGUGAGGGGAAUUGAUGAGGAGAAGACCAGAUGAACAUGGGUCGCUGGGCCAGGUUGACUCAGAUGGCCUGUGUAUCAUUAAGUGGUUAGCCGCUUUGGCUGGCAUAUUCUCCAUUGCGAAUUGGGAUGGAUAAGGCUUCAGUUCCAUUACAGACCGCUUUUCCACGUCAUGCGCUACUUUCUAGAUCGGACCUGAGAUCCCCUUUUGGAGCUGCAGACACCUAGUAAAAGCUUGAACUAAAAGUUGCUUAAACAAUUUGAUGCUUACACAGCUAUUUCAUAACGUGUACUAAAAGCAAUGCGACUCGAUCUUUCUUCCUAUUCACGUGUGAUUACCAAUUGCCAUCGUUCGUCAGCAUGUCCUCAGCUGCAGCUAUGUAACAUAAUAUCAGUAAUAAACACCCUCCUCUCUGAGGCAAUACGAAACUGAAAAGGGUCCGAUACAUGUUGGUUCAACGUUCCAUUGAGAACCGCGGUGACGAUGAUGGCGAAGUUGGGGCUUGUUGAUUUUUUUUGGCUUUUGAGAGGGACACAGCACAAGAAAGCUGGAUUGAUUGAUGACUGAUGGGCGAGUCCUUGUAGAAUAGAGCUUUUUCGCAGCGAGGGGAUGAAAGAGCAUUCUUGGGAACGUACUCAUUGGCAGCGAUGUGGAAGUGAUAACAGUGCGGAGAGUCAAAAGCGUUG